CAUGGUGUUUUGGUUUUCUUCUCUCUUCUCUCUCUCCAUUUCUCAUGGCUCUGUCCUCUUCAUCGUUUUGUUUUUGAAAACUGGAGCUUGUUUUGAAUCUGAAUUUCGCGCAAAAACCAUGAAGAAAUGGAGUCUCUUAUGGCCGUUUUGGGCUAUAUUGGCGAUUCAUGGUGUUGCCAUUCUCAUCUUCGUUAAAGGAUUUCUUCUUACUCGUACAGAGCUUCCUUAUUUCAGUCACUGCUCCGAUGUUUCUCAAUCUCCCUGUUUCACUCCCGAUUCACUUUCUCACUCUAAUCCUUCGGUUCCGUCUCCCUCUCAUAAAGCAAAUUUUAGCCGUUGCUGGACCAACCCCACCGUUAAUCGCAUCAUCAUCAUCGUUUUUGAUGCUCUACGGUUUGAUUUUGUUGCUCCUAGUUCAUUCUUCGAAGAAUCGAAACCAUGGAUGGAUAAGUUACGAGUAUUGCAUAAAAUGGCAUCGGAACGGGGCUCAUCUGCCAAGAUUUUCAAAGCUAUUGCUGAUCCACCCACCACAAGUUUGCAGCGACUGAAGGGCAUUACAACUGGUGGACUGCCAACGUUUAUUGAUAUUGGAAACAGCUUUGGUGCGCCAGCAAUUAUUGAAGACAACUUGAUUCAUCAGCUUGUUCAGAAUGGAAAACGUGUAGUGAUGAUGGGGGAUGACACAUGGAUGCAAUUGUUUCCUAAUCAUUUUCAAAAAGCAUUUCCCUAUCCCUCAUUUAAUGUUAAAGAUCUUCAUACGGUAGACAAUGGAUGCAUCGAGCAUCUUCUUCCAUCCUUGUACGAAAAUGAUUGGGAUGUUCUAAUCGCACAUUUUCUUGGUGUGGAUCAUGCUGGGCAUAUAUUUGGUGUUGAUUCUAGUCCGAUGUUUGAAAAGCUGGAGCAAUAUAAUACUGUUUUAGAGAAAGUAGUUGAUGUGCUGGAGAGCCAGUCUAAAACGGGCGGGUUACAUGAAAACACUCUUCUUCUUGUGAUGGGUGAUCAUGGACAAACUUUGAAUGGUGAUCAUGGUGGAGGAAGUGCUGAAGAGGUUGAGACGUCUCUAUUUGCAAUGAGCUUUAAUAAGCUUUCGGGAUCUCUACCAUCUGAGUUUGGUACUUCUUCCUGUCAAUUAGAUUCGCAAGGAAGGGAGAUAUGUACCAGCUCCAUCCAACAGCUUGAUUUCCCAGUGACCUUAUCUGCCUUGCUUGGAAUUCCUUUUCCUUAUGGAAGCAUAGGGCGUGUAAAUCCUGAGCUAUAUGCUCUAGGUGCUGGUUCAAUGAAGUUUGAUGGUAUGAAGGUGGGAAGCUACCUAAAUCAGUCAGGAGGAUGGAUGCAGAAUUACGUUAAUGCGCUUUGUAUUAACUCCUGGCAGGUGAAAAGGUAUAUUGAUAAUUAUACUGCUUCAUCUGUCAUUGGGUUUUCUGACGAGGACUUGCUUCAUACUCGUAGUUUGUAUGAUGAUGCGAUGGAGAAUUGGUCCCACAUUAGUAAAGGCUUAUUAUCUAAUGAUGAUGGAAGCGACAAUAUAUCUUCAAUUAAGAGGCAAAUUGAACGAUACUCUAAUUUUCUAGCAAGUGUUGCUGAGCUAGCACGUUCUAAAUGGACAGAAUUUAAUUUGAAAAUGAUGACUCUUGGUUUUGGCCUCAUGUUAGCUUCACUUCUUAUCCAUUUUCUUGCUAUCAAGAGGGUUAGCAAACUAACUGCAAAUGAAGAUUGUGGAACAACUUUUGAAUUGAUGCUUUCUUGCUUUUUGGUGGCAAUACGUGCAUGCAGCUUUCUCUCAAAUAGCUUCAUUUUGGAAGAAGGAAAAGUGACAAGUUUUCUUUUGGCUACUACUGCCAUUAUCAUGCUACGAUAUUCAAUCGCAAAGCAGAAACAUUUUCUGAAAUUUCUAUUGCAGGUUGUCAUUUUUCUUCUUUUGAUGAACUACUGUAGAUUUACAAUUGAAGUUGGUCUAUUGAAGCAGGCUGAUACAUCUGCAUUCUUGAAAGUUUAUCCUUCAUGGGUGCUUGAAAUUGCAUCUUUGCUUCCUGGUUGGACUUAUGUAACAGAAGCUGUGCCAAUUAUCGCACUGAUAUUAUUGGUACAGUUGCUCCUUAAAAACGUUGCUGGCAGGCAAUCUAAGGGAAUUUGGCAGUUUGUUGUGUAUGGAACAAUUUUUUGUUAUAUCCUUACUGGAGUCCAUUGGGCUUUAGAAAAUGAUGUGUUGCAUUUUGUUCCAGCGGUUGACAGCAUAGGAAAAAAUUGCAUUCCAAGAAUAAUCUAUGCUAUUGGACUCGGACAACUGUCAUUACUGCUAUUUAGGAAACUUUUUGGUGAAGACAAGUCUUUAAAUUGCAGAAAAACUUUAGUAACCAAAACAGUCGCCAUGUUAGCUGCAUGGAGUCCAACAGUGAUUAUUCUAGCGGGAAAGCAAGGUUCCUUGGUCGCUUUGGCAUCUGUUCUUGGAGGAUAUUGCAUAAUAAGUAUGGACAAUCUAAAACACGGAGGGGAUGGAAAUGAUAGAAUUCUGACAGUUGACAGUCUUCCUGUAACGCAGUGGAGCUUGUUUGCUAUUUGCCUCUUUUUUAGCUCUGGCCACUGGUGUGCUUUCGAUGGCCUUCGGUAUGCUGCUGCAUUUAUUGGGUUUGACGAGUUUGUUCUAGUUCGCCAAGCAGUCCUUCUCAUGAUUGAUACAUUUGGCUUCUCUAUCAUCCUUCCAAUUUUUGGACUUCCUUUCAUUGUUGCAAACAAAUAUUCAUCUACUCACGCUGCAAAAGUGGAAAGCGCUCUCUUCAUGGGUUUAUCUCAAGCUUACUUGAUGUAUGGGCUCGUAAUGGCGGUUCCAGUUACAGCCACUAUAUUGUGUGUUAUACUUCAAAGACGGCAUUUGAUGGUGUGGGGGUUGUUUGCUCCGAAAUUUGUGUUUGAUGUGGUAGCUCUGAUUCUAACAGACGUUUGUAUUUGUUUAGCCACAUUGUAUUAUGUGCCACAUCUAUCAUCAUAGGGCCGGCAAAAAUUGGUAUGAACCUUCAUCCAUUGCAUUGCAAUGCUAUUCUUAUUUGCUAUCAUUCAACUUUUCAGGGCAUGUUUGUCUUAGGAAUAGGGGUUUCUUUACUUCAUCUAAUGGGGAUAUUUGGUUCUUCGGUUAAAAAAACAUCAAUUUAAUGACUUAUUUAUUCUUUA